AUGAGCAUCAACAGGGACAGGGAAGAAGCUGUACGCCACUGCCGCAACUGUCAAGAAGCUGCGAAGAUGCCAAAAAAGACAGUUCUCAAUUCUUGGACCACUGAGAAGAAACCAUGGGACAGAAUUCAUAUCGACUAUGCGGGACCACUGAAUGGUAGGAUUUACCUUGUGGUAGUUGAUGCAUAUUCGAAGUGGCCAGAACUCUUUGGGAUAUCGUCGUCGUCAACCACUGCAACGUUGAGACACGACCACCCUGGGAUUUCCGAAUCGUGCGAACAACGUUGA